AUGAGGGCAUUUUGUGGCUAUUUGAGUGUACCAUGUCCAGACAACUUCACGUGGGAACCGGUGAACUCUGUAGCCGUCCUCCUUCACUGGAAGGUUUUGUUGCUGAUAGCUGCCCGGAACCCUGCUACCGAGCGAGAGUACUGGAGAACGUCAUUUCCUGCCGCUGAGGAAGUGGGAACCCGAACCCCUCGGGCGUUUGAUGCUCACUUCCAUCUUGACCACACCCUGAAGGCCAUGGGAUUACGACUGGACUCUACGUUCCAGUCCGUGUUGGAUGGUACCAGGAUGGACAAGGGAAAUGAGGUAAUCGUCGCCGGGACUUGUGCCUCUUUCUGCGACCCGGAGACUUAUCCAACCACGGAUAGUCUGAAGACCCUACCAGCGGAUAUGGAGGUCGCAGUAGGUGUACAUCCCAAGAAAAGAUACUCAAGCUCGGAGGUGGAUCGCGUCAUCAGGAAGCUGAAAGACCUUGUACGACAACGCAGAGUGACAGCAGUUGGCCAAGUUGGUGUUGACCACUCCGUACCACCGCAGUAG